AGAAAAGUGUAUAUAGGACCACUGACAUAGGACUUAAUUUUCAAACAUCAUCAUCUCAUCUCGAAUUCCUUGUGUACCUCAAAUACCUCUAUCCAAACAUGGCAGCAAAAUCCCCAGUCAUGCUUCUUCUCGGUUUCGGCCCUAACGUUGGGCACCAUGUGUCUGAGGCCUUUGCUUCAAAAGGCUACAUUGUCGCUCGCGCAUCUAGAAAGAUAAAGGAGGAAGAAAGUACUGCCACCCGGAUCAAUAUCCCCAUCGACUUGUCCGAUCCAGAGUCUGUGAUUGGAGUAUUUUCAAAGCUCAAAGAUACACAUAGUUUUCCAAGCGUCGUUGUCUAUAAUGCUGGUGCAGGCAUUCCACCAAAUGAUGAGAAGGAUCCCCUCUCCACUCCCUUGGCAAACUUCACUCGAGAUCUAAACAUCAACACAACCAGCGCUUUUGUCGCAGCACAACAAGCCGCCUUGGGCUUCGCACAACUCUCUCCCACAGCGUCUAAGACAUUCAUUUUUACCGGAAAUAUAUUAAACACCACGACUAUUGCAUCGCUAUUGAAUUCGGGGGUUGGAAAAUCAGCGACAGCGCACAUCAUCCAGUCUGCAGCCAUAGCGUACAAAGAUCGAGGAUACAAAUUCUAUUAUGCUGAUGAACGAAAUGCCGACGGCUCACCUGCCUACCACAAAAUUGACGGAGCAGCUCAUGGGGAGUUGUAUACGCAUCUUGCGCAGGGGAAGUCGCAGGGCCCUUGGCAGCAGACUUUUGUUAAAGGGGUGGGAUACAAACACUUUCCCUCCGCCUAG